AGGACAAAAUGGCAAUAGAGUCUACAGCGAGCCUGCCCCAGCCCUCAUAUGUAUCGGCGUGGUGGGAUGCUCAUUCCAAUUAUUCGACUCGUUGGCACAGCGAGUUGUCUCGUUCGCAGACGGUUCCGUACAUAUCGACCAAGCCAACAGACUCCCCGUUGAAUACGACUACAUCCGUAUCUGGAUCCGGUGACCCGACCUCGUCCAGCAAUUCCACGGCAGUCUUGCAUGAAGAAACAUGAUCGUCAAGUCGAAACAAGAUAGGCAUGGCUGUCGGGUUAGGACUGCGGUUUCCUCUGCUCUUGGCCAUUCUCGGAUUCCUCAUAUACUGCAUACGAAAACGUCGUAAUAGAGGUGAUGGAGACCAGCCAUGGCCGGGCAAAAAUUCGGGCGACGGGGCAGGAGAGAAUGAAAAGAUCAAAGGCUCUACCAGUGAGACAUACGAUUAUCCGACCAAGGCAGAGCUACCUGCAGACGAAAAACCAGCUCAGAUUCCGGAGAUAGAGGGGUUCAGUGUUGGACCUCACAAAAUGCCAAUGGCGUCGCCUCUUCUCUCCACAGACUCUGGCAAGGACCAUGUCCGUAACCAUCGAGUCGACAACGCUCCGGUGUACGAGCUCCUAGGUUGAAUGCCUGUCUGCUUGUCCUCUUUGUAGAGUUUUUGGCAUUGGGCAUCGGAGACGAAGCAAACCAUCGUGCACACUGAACACUGCAGCCAAUAAACCUGUGGUGAACAAU